CUCACCAAAACUGACCAAUCGCAAGCGGACACGCCGCUCACGCGAUUUAAAAUUGCCCUGCGGUAUGGAAGCACUCGCAAAAAAAAGAGAGGAAGGGAUGCAUCGUUCCCAAAAAAAAGCAACGCCGCCUGAUGUGUCGACAACUUCUGCGGCAUACAGCACAAGAUGGACUGACUCACAGGGGGAACAGGCGAACACUUGGGGCCGCGAAUUCUGCACUCCCGGAAGGGUUGUUUGCCUACGUCAGCCAAUCCGUAGACAGCUCGCCGCAACCACCAGCGAAGUGCGCAAGACACUUCAGUAUUUCUCCUGCCGCUCCCUCGACUGCGAUGUCGGCAUCCUCAUCGCUCCGGACUACAGCGCCAGAGUAAUGCCACGAAACUUCUGGCUCUCGACACCGCGCAAUUAUUGGGACAGAGCUCCUGGAACAUUUACACCUUUCGCGCUCUGCUAGAACACCGUUUUCCCAAUGUUCCGGCUGUUUUCACGAUCCGAACCUCUGUGACGUUCAGCGUAAUUAACGAGGAACCAUACUGCAAGGUUGAUGCCAUGGUUACGAUGCCCGGCCGGAGUGUGGUGGAGAACCUAAGCGAGGUAGAGAUGGAGAUAGAGAUGGAGGAA